AUGGCAAUUAUACCUUGUGGGAGUACUUGCCUGAGCCGGUGGGGAGUUCAACCUAAUUUUGCACUUAGGCCUUCUUUCACGAAUAAAUUAUGCACGUCCUCACAUAGUUCAUCAAGCAGGACCAAAUCAGUGGCAUCACGAAGUUUCGCAUUUUUAUCUCAAGAACCACUAAGUGCUCUUUCAAGAUCAUACAAGAAUCCAUGUCAGAGAAGGGGAGCUCGGUUCAUCGUUAGAGCUGAUAGAGACUACUAUUCCGUGCUUGGUGUAUCUAAAAACUCGAGCAAGUCGGAGAUCAAAAGCGCCUAUCGGAAGCUGGCCAGAAGCUAUCAUCCGGACGUGAACAAAGAAGCUGGAGCAGAGGAAAAGUUCAAGGAGAUCAGCAAUGCAUACGAGGUUUUAUCAGAUGACGAGAAACGCUCGAUUUACGACAGAUAUGGGGAAGCGGGCCUUAAAGGCGCAGGCAUGGGCAUGGGGGACUUCAGCAACCCGUUCGACCUGUUUGAGUCCUUGUUCGAGGGCAUGGGCGGCGGCAUGGGUGGGGGCCGCGGCCCCCGCCGCAGCCGAGCAAUGGAAGGCGAGGAUCAGCUUUACAACCUCGUCCUCGAUUUCAAGGAGGCUGUUUUCGGCACCGACAAGGAGAUCGAGAUCUCCCGGCUCGACUCCUGCCCGACUUGCAACGGCUCCGGCGCCAAGCCCGGCACCACUCCCGCAGCUUGCACCGCCUGCGGCGGCCAGGGCCAGGUCGUCACCUCCGCUCGUACCCCACUCGGAGUCUUCCAGCAGGUCUCCACCUGCUCGGCCUGCGGCGGCUCCGGCGAGACCUCCACCCCGUGCCCCGCCUGCAGCGGCAACGGCCGCCUCCGCAAAUCCAAGCGGAUAAGCCUGAAAGUCCCCGCCGGUGUGGAUUCCGGCAGCCGGCUCCGGGUCCGGUCAGAAGGGAACGCGGGCCUUAGGGGGGGCCCGCCGGGCGACCUUUUCGUGGCGAUCGAGGUCCGGCCAGACCCGGUUUUGAAGAGGGACGAGACGAACAUACUCUACACGUGUAAAGUCCCGUACACAGAAGCGAUUCUGGGGACGACGGUGAAAGUGCCAACUGUAGAUGGAAUGGUCGAUUUGAAAAUCCCGUCGGGGACUCAGCCGGGGACCACGCUCGUGAUGGCGAAAAAGGGGGUCCCGUUUUUGAAUAAACGGAACAUGAGAGGAGACCAGCUGGUGAAGGUUCAGGUCGAGAUCCCGAAGAGGCUAAGCGGGGAGGAGAGGAAGCUGGUCGAGGAGCUAGCCAGCCUUAGCAAGGAGAAGGAGAAGGAGAAGGAGAAAACUACGAACGCUAGGAGGUGA